CAAUGAUUCAAACAAAUGUCAUUCGGACAUAAUAUACCUAAAUGACACUAUUGACAACUAUUUUAAAAAGUAACUUUCGUUUCCCUCAUUUUUGCUUUUUUUGUUGUCCUGUGGCUGUAAAUUUGUAUUAAAUAAAGUGUUUUGCUUUGUGUGUAGACGAAAAAUUUAAUCGCCACAUAAAACUGAACUAGUUCCCCUGAAUAUUGUAUAUUAUUAUUACUCACCUUUUUGCGCGGGAAUCGGGGGUUAUAGAGUGUAAUGAAAUUGGAUUUAACAACGUCUGGAAAAUGACUGAUGCACUGUGCCAUUUAGUUGUAGAUGGAAAUGAGGUCUUGGAAUUUAAACUGGUGCGAGAAAUUGAAGAUCUAGAAAAUGACGAAACAAGUUUCGGUCCCGAGAUGUGUCAUCAGGUUUUCGGUGAAAACGAAAACAUAUUUGGGUACACGGACUUGCACAUAAAACUUUUUUAUAGUGCAGGUAGUCUUCAGACAUAUCUUGGGAUUGAGUACACAGAAAAGAUUGAACCUAACAAAUCUGAGGGUAUGAAGGCAGAUGAUGUUGAAGGGGCUCUAACUAAAGUGAUUGCACCGGGAUUUACCACUAAUUUGGACCACUUUGUUUCUAAGCUAAAGAAAGAUGAAACAUUUGUUCCCUAUGGAAAGUUGAUACAUGCAUUUCAAGCUACACCAUCUGAUGGUGGUGAUAAAAGAUCUUUUGAAGUAUAUUACAGUGAAACAUCUACCAGUGGUUUUCUAGAUUACCAUCAGAGGUUACAGACCUUCUUGCUGUGGUAUAUUGAUGCAGCAUCCUUUAUUGAUGUUGAUGAUGAUCAGUGGACAUUUUUCACUGUAUAUGAGAAGUUUCAAUCUAGUGAGGGUGGUACCAGGUAUGCUACUGCUGCUUAUGCCACUGUGUAUCGCUACUAUGCGUACCCGCGUCAUUCCCGCCCCCGUAUCUCUCAAGUUCUCACUCUGCCACCAUUCAGGAAGCUUGGCAUCUGUGCAAACCUUUUAGAGGCAAUUUAUGCAAACUUCAUGAUUCAACCAGACGUAGUAGAUAUUACCGUGGAAGACCCAUCACAGGAUUUCCAGAGGAUUAGAGACUAUGUUGACGCCGCAAGUUGCGAAAACCUUCCUGCUUUUCACCCUUCAAAACUUGUACAAGGUUUCUCUCAAGAUAUGGCUGUCCAAGCUUGUAAUAAAUUUAAAAUUAAUAAGAAGCAAGCUCGUCGCAUAUAUGAGAUACUUCGCUUGAAGAACACAAACACAUCAGAUAAGACUGCAUACUUGAACUACAGGCUUGAAGUAAAAAAUAGACUGAAUGCGCCGUUCCAGAAAAAGAAAUUAGAAAUGAAAAAACUGCAAAAAGUAUUAAAGCCUGAAGAAUAUGCAGCUACAAUAAGCGCAACGGGACUGAGUGAGACCCAUGGGCGUCUUGCCAGUCAGUACCUUGCACUCGAACAAGAGUACAGACGCGUCAUUAACAGGAUGGAGCGAAAUUAUUUAUAAACCACAGGAUGAAACACCGACAUUUUCAUACACUUCUAAUAGAGUUUAAUCCUUGACUUGCUUACUCUAUUUGUGAUGGUCAAGAGGGUUUUUGGUGUCCUUAGUCGUAAUUUUAUUAUAAUUACUUAUACCAGUACUAAAAUAAUUACGAAUUAACGCCACUCUAUUGAAAUAAAACUUAACAAUGUUAACAAAGACUUGGUCUUGCUCAGUUUUAUGGUUCUAGUUUGUAUUGAAUUUGAAUUUACUCUUUUAAAUUAUUAUUAUUAUUGUACCGUUUGUCAGGUUAAACAGCUGAUCUCAGAUUGUGUCUUUGAUGCCUUGUUUAAUGAACACAUUACCUACGAGAUCAUACUUAUUGUUAGUGAGUAUUUAAGAUAUAUUAGUGUUAGGCCAACAUUCAUAGGAUGGUGACUAAGCUCUUGUUACACCUGGUUCUAAACCAAUUUGUAAAUGAAGGUGUUUUGUUAAAAGUUCAAGAGUGUACUGGAAAACAAUUUUAAAUGUUUAUUGUGUGCCUUAAGAACAUAACACACCUAAUCGUAACUUCGUUGUUUAGGUGUGAGUAAUGUGUUAAUUCUUUCGGUUGUCAAUAUAAUGAUUAUCGUCUUAUUCAGGACCUAAUUCUGCUGAAAUUGUUUUUGUUAUUAAAGUUUGAAUGUAAUUUUUCGUAAUAAAACUCGAUUUGAAAGUAA